UCACACCGAUAUCGUAGGGCAAACAAAUCCGAUUGAAGCCUUAUCAGCGCGACAAACACAUUAACCGCUCAAUCUUAUCGGGAAGAACUACCCAAACAGCUCGUCGAAGUGACUCAGUUGUGAAAAGAAAGUGGAGCAAUGAAGACCGUGUCUCUACUACACGUGGUCAUCCUUUUGCUGACCUUUGACCUUUCGAAGGCGGCGCAUAUCCUCUGCCUGGUGAGCACCGCCAAGCACAACAAUCCCGGCUGGUCGCAGCCCCUUUUCGACGCCCUUCUGGCCAAUGGCCAUUCGCUUGUGGUGAUCAGUACUGCUCCCAAUCCGGAGCCAAAGAAGCAAGUGGAUGGUCUGCUGUACUACCAUCUGUCCAACGAUUACGAUGUGAUGCAGAAGCACUUCAUUCGCGACAAUCCCCGGGAGUAUCAGAGCAUGAUCAGCCUCAACCAGCUGCUCGUGUGGUACGAGGUCCUCUUGGGCAGCUGUCGUUCUGUCCUCAACUCGGAUUCGAUGAACAGCAAGUUGCCGGAGUUGACGGCCAAGCUGGCCGUGGAUUUUGAUUUGAUAAUUACGGAUGUUACCCAGGGAAUGGAGUGUCUGAUGGACGCGUAUCCCUCGUGGCGAUCGAAACCCAUUCUCGGUCUGAGUGCUGGCAAGCUGACACCGGAUUUGGUGGCCUUGCUUCAAGCCGAGAACACCAUCAAUCCGGCCAGGAUACCACACCACAUCAGCCAAAUGCCCAAGAAAAUGGGCUUCUUGAAUCGACUGCAUAACCAUGUCAUGUAUUACGCGGAACCGCUAAUCCGCAUAGUGAUCGUAAAGCCAGUGCUUAAUGGCCUGGUGAGCAGGGAAAAUGCCUUUCCCACUUUACAACUGGUGCUGCUAAAUACACAUUCAACUCUCGAUUAUGUUCAAAAUCUUCCACCCGGAGUGAUUGAAGUGGGGGGUCUGCACAUUAAGAGCAAGGCCAAUCCCCUGCCCAAAUAUAUACAGGCAUUCACAGAUCAGUUUAUUGAUGGCAUCGUCUAUAUUAACAUGCCAUACAUUGAGUUUAUAGCUGGCAAGGGAAUACCAGCCAUGAUUGAAAUGAUCCAAAACAAUCCCAACUGUGGGUUUAUAUGGAAUGUGGAGCAGUUGCAGGAUAUCCCACUUGAGAUCUCUAAUUUAUUGACCCUUCAUGUGGAUCAGUCACUGCAGCAGGAUAUUCUUGCUACACCCUUUGUUAAGGGUUUUCUAAACCACGGCGAUAGUUUCAGUCUUCAGGAAGCGGUACACAAUGGAAUACCCGUGAUUGUACUGCCCCUAAAACUAGAGGAGUUCAAUAAUGCCCAACGUGUCAAGGAACGCAACUUAGGUGUUGUGGUUGAGGCCAGUAAUUUUAAUCAGAGAUCCCUUGCUGCUGCUCUAAAGAAAAUCCUUGAUGACGACCUAAUCACCAGUGCUCUCUACCAGGCCCAAUUGAAAUUCCGGAACCGUCCAAAGAGUCCUCUUGAGUUAGCCGUUUGGCAUGCGGAACAACUGAUUGCCGAGCCACGUUUCUUCAAGGACUUGGCUCAAACUGAGGCCCUGGCCCAAAACUUUAUCGUGGCCAACUCGCUGGAUGUCCUCAUGGUUCCUAUCCUCAUUUUCGUGGCUUGUGUGGUGAAUAUAGGGCACUUGGCCUACACCCUGAUGACCGGAGGCUCGAAAGCUGAGGAGAAACCAGUAGAAAAUGUGGAGACCAAUGGUGAGGCAACUAAAAAACGCAAAAAGGUCAAAAGGACACCGAAGAUUGACACAUCGGUAAUAGAAGACUUAAAUCAAGAAAUACUCGAAGGGGAGAAACAACUUCUCAGCGAAGAAGAAAAGCCUCUGCCAGACAAAAAAGUUGACUGAGCAUUUCAGUUUUUGCUAUUUUAUGUACAAUAGUAUUCCAAAGAAAGACUGCCAAUAAAUAAAUGUUACGAUCUCCCCAA